GAUGUCUUAUGUAACGUAGUUGUCUUUGGCUUUGACUUCAAUUGUCUUCAUUCUCGUACUUGAGGUUAUUGCUUUCGUCAUUUCGGUGACCGAGGUCGUCACUCUUGUAAAUGAGACUAUCCCCAUACAGACCAGCCGCCCCUGCUGCCAGAGGAAUGUUUUAUUUCAUUAAGCGGAAAGACCAAAUUUUAUUUGUGUGAAAGCUUCAGAUGACAGAUUGAGCUCUCUCCUUGUUUCUCCCUCUAGGCUCACAGACCGACAAGAUAUCUGCCCAACCCAGCCAUGAAUCCUCUGCAACGGCAAGACCACCAACAUUCACGUCAAUUUCACCAGCGAGCGACGGGUGCAGGUCGGGCAUCGCCUGCCAGCUCGCCGUGGGCCAAGGCUACAGCUACGACGCCAGGCGGAGAUGAUGCGCCCGAUGGAGUCAGCGCCACGCCGCUGCCAGGGCCGCGCAGGCGGCUGCCGGAGGUCCCGCACCCAGCGCGUCGGACACUGCUGCUGAUCGCGGCGAGGCGCAACAGCCGCGGACGCCCCAUGCCGCUGGGACCUGGCGGACGAGUUGACGCAUCCAGGAGCCUCUUCCCUCGCAGCCCAGCCAGUAAGCGGGGAGAUGCUGCAGGAGGAAGUAGGGGCUCGGUGUCUUCCUCGCUACUCCUGCCCACUGUCGGAAUGCUGGCUUGGGAUCCCAGACAUGUCUCUUGGCCCGUCGUGUCGGCUCACUUCACUGCAGCCGUAUUGGUCGCAGUUUUCCAAGUGGUUAAAGCUGAGCAGGCACAGAGGUCGCCGGGUGGCCGAGAAUUCUCCAGGACGGAGAGCGGUGGCGACAGUGCCGGCAUUUGCCGGAGCCUGUGCAUGAUCAGUCCGCCGCCCCCGCUGCCUCCACCACCGCCUCUGCGCAAACACAAGCCCAGGGAACCACCGCCAUUGCCCCUACCAAACCCAACCAGAGGGCCUGUGAUAGAAGACAGCCAGUGGCUGGAAUUGGUCGUUUUCCUGGUGGUGGGUGGCGUGAUUCUCUUAGCCAUCAUCCUAUUGGUCACCAUCUGCUACAAGGCCAUCCGGAGGAAACCGUUACAUAAGGAGGAGAAUGGAGGGAACCAGGCUGAGUCUGCAGCUCCAAUGCCAGAUGACAAAACUACUGAAGCCAACAACACUGUAGCUUGACCAGAAGAGAGAAAAUCACACGAAACAAAAAUCAAAGGACAAUGAUAAGGAUUCGCCACAAUAGCCUUGUCAUCUAGGACGCUUAGAUGCCCUUUCGCACUUACGAGAGCCCGUCAAGGAAGGCAUUUCCCGAGGGCUGACAUUCUGACGAAUGGUGCAAAUACGCAUGCGAGUUGAGGAAAUGUCAAGGAUAAAUUCUGCAGACCGAGCGUACAGUGUAUAAAUCAUUCAAACGACUCCGUGCCAAGCUUUCCCAUCCUCAGAACAGACCGACGUAUUUUGCCUCCCGCUUAAUAUAUGAAAGUGUCCCUGAGUUGUCGUUAUUUAUGCGCUGUCAAGCCUGCGGAAAUACCCCUCGUUUCUUUUUUAGCAAAGUUAUAAAUAAUGAUUUAAUUUCGUCACGUUUCCACUUGAGUUCUUCCAAUAUAAGUUCACGGUGCUUCAAAUGCCUCCUUAGAUGUGUUUUCCCAAUCACAAGUCUGAUUACAUAGUGAAAGAAUUUCCAACUGAAAUCUUGCUUGAGCACGUUUGGCCCAUACACCAUAACUUGUGUUUGGCAAAGAGCUGAAUUGUGAGACAGUAUUUUGCCGUGGCCGAUGAGUGUUAAGGAAGGAGAGCGCUUGCCAAUGAUCUGUUGCAAAAGUGAUGAUUUCAUUAUCCAUUUCCUGAUGUGCUCACACAUGUCUGGGUGAAUACUUUUAGAAUGCAUGUGCUUAGGGUCACCACACACCAUGGCACUUGAAACAAAGUGAAAUAGUUCCUGAGCUUUCCCAGUUGAUUUCAUGAAAACGAGAGAUGACUACAAUGACAAGCAUGCGAGACAUCUUAUAUAAUUUGUCAUCUCUUUUUCAUGUGCAAACUAUGAGCAUUUUAAUCAAUUUUACUCACUUACUGAAGACACAGUGGGCCUGCCUUUUAAAAGUUUGCCUAAAAUAAACAUUUACAAAAAUAAAUUCUGCUAACAAUCGGGUUUAUGAGGCUAGCUUCUCAUAAGGAGCAACCAAGGGGAGAUUGACAUUCAAGGCGGCGAGCGUGUACAUUGAGAAUCGCAUGUUGAGUCAGAAGCGAUCAUAAUAAUAAUAUAUGAAUAUUCAAACGUGUCAGACCACUGCUGGAUGAAGGCCUCGUCAUGCCAAUAUUGGUGACGGGAGUUGUUUGAACCAGACUUCACAACGCCGGUCGAUGCGAGUUGGCCAAGAGUGGAGAGGUGACUUAGGUCGGGUUCAGAUCGCCACUACCGAUGUUAGCCAUGGUAGAGAAUCCAACGCAGGCUGCCGGCUUCACCGUUGCAGCACGCGAGUCGCUGCGCCGCCGCUCCACCGUCGUGGGUAUGCGUACGUAUUUGUGAGCCUGUGUGUGUGUGUACUUAGAAACCGUGUGUGCGUCAGUGUCACUGAAACGCGUUCCUAUUGUAACGCAAGCUAAAGUUGUGCCUCCCCUGCCAACUGCUCUGAAAAUCAAGGUGAGAUUUUUGUUUUAAGAUGGGAGGAGAGCGCCAACAAUUUGUUUGCUGGUGCUCUCCAUGGGUAUGGAUCACGCUGUACACCCGAUAUUCUGAAGGUGAGCUCGUUGAAUUGUUACUUAUAUUUUUUCCAUCUCAGAGAAAAAGAAAACUCAUCACUUGUCUCUAUCCUUUGUAUGACUGCUGGAGUAGCUGCAAUUGCGAGGAAUGCAUCAUGAGUGAAGUACAAUGUCACAUUUCCGACUUGCUUGGAACUGAAAUAAUGGUUGCCACCUGCGCAGACAGUCUGGGAAUUGGCGUCUGUGUGUUUGUGGCAGGAAUUAAUUUGCACUGAUAUCUGGUGGUGUUGUGUUGAACUUUAUUUACAGUCGAAUGCACAGUGCUGACCGACAAAUAUACCCGGGUUUGGUCUGUGGAAAAGGUGACAGACCUCGAUCAGAACAUCUACGUAAAAUUACAGGAUAUUGAACAAAUAUGCCACUCAAGACUGCUUUAAGCACGCUUAACUGUGGCUUUAUAAGCGGGUGUGCACGAGAUUAACGAUACAUGUCAAGUGAUUCAUUGCUCAAAUCAGCAUUGAGGCGUUGUCAUCUCCUUUUGAGAGCCUUAAACCCAAAUUAUGGAAAUUCCACAUUCCUAUGAUGGGGGUGAGUUUCUCCAUAGGACAACUGCUGUUGGCUUUCACACAAAGUGGUACUCGUAUUAAUUACCCUGGAGGGGUGAUAGGCUGAGUCAAGAUUCCAGCGACCUGCUCCCUGUCCCUCGUGUUUGCGAGCCACUCACUGAGCCGACCUGGCUGAGGAAUGCACGACCCUACACGACACGUUUGGAUUUGUGAACAUCGAUAGGAAAGGACUGUUACACCAAAUGCAAAUAUUGUAUUGGGUGUGGGUGGUUAAUUGGUCAGAUAUGCGACGAGGAACUGUACCAAAGAUUGUCACUAUUUCACCAAACCUGGACAUUUCUCAGCACGAGGUACAUCAAACAUUGCAAUAUUAUGGAAUAAAAUUCAACACAAACCCAGUCCCAGAUUUCGGUUACAAAUCAGUUCCUACCAUCCGAACACAGAUGCCCAAUUCCCGGACAGGUGGCAACCCAAACGGUACCUAGAGUAUUUGUGUAAUGUCCUGCAAUGCAUUGUGCCAAGACGCAGAGUUUAACCGUGGAGACGGCACGGUGGUUCUGGCUGGGGUCGGGCCCUGAGGUCCAUGGGCGUCGUGGAGGAGCUCAUCUACUCGAGGUUGUGCAAAGCCACGCAGGGAACCCCCGGCUCGAUUUGUGUUUACAACGGAAAUGCAAUUUGGAACGUGGUGCGGUCUUAAUGUUCAACUUCAACGUAUAUACUUAUCCACUAAAUGUACAUUUGCCAAACAUGUACAUGAUAACUUUAUACAAUUUAUUAGAGGAAAUGCUAAUUGUAAAUUGUGUAAAGUAUUCAUUUUUUUCAAAGCUAAUGUGGCAAGAAAGUUUCAAACAUUAUUUAUAUAUUAAAACUCUACAACAUC